AUGACAGAGACAAAAGAAAGCGAGCCCUCCGACGCUCAACCCAAAGCUGCUGGACGCUAUAUCCCGCCGGGAUUGAGGAAACAAGCCAAUGGCGAUACAAAUGAAACGGAGGAACAACUCAAACUCAAUCGCCAGCUGAAAGGUCUGAUAAACAGAAUGUCUGAACAAAACAUUGCAACCAUGCUAGAUAGUAUUGAAGAUGUGUAUCGCAACCACCGCCGACAUGAUGUCACCUCAACCCUCACGAACCUCAUCAUUAAUGGCAUAUCAUCUCACUCAACCCUUCUCGACUCGUACGUGGUCCUUCACGCUGCGUUUAUAUCUAGCCUACAUAAAUUGAUCGGCACUGCGUUUGCGGCGUAUUUCGUUCAGAACGUGGUGUCCUCGUACGAACAACACCUCGCUUCGGUAGAGGAAAAGUCAGCCAAUUCAACGGAAGUCCCUGAAGACCUAGGGAAAGAGUGUUCCAACCUCAUCGUGCUUUUGUCAGAGUUGUACAAUUUUCAAGUCAUUUCGUGCAUUCUCAUUUAUGAUAUCAUCCGCGGCCUUUUGGAUAAAGACCUAUCUGAGUUCCGGGUAGAACUUCUGCUGAAACUUCUUCGAAGUUCCGGCCAACAGCUACGACAAGAUGAUCCCAUGGCAUUAAAGGACAUCAUAACUUUAGCACAGUCUCGGGCCACCGGACAAGCCGAUACUAUGAGUUCACGCACGCGUUUCAUGACCGAGACCUUAAAUAACCUGAAGAACAAUAAAAUUAAGAAGACAGCUGCGACACAGCAUCAGGGGGGCGAUGCCGUCGAGCGGAUGAAGAAGUUCCUCUCAGGGUUGGGAAAAAAGAAGCACGUUCUCGCGCACGAGCCGUUACGCGUAUCUUUGGAGGAUCUCCAUUCGGCGGAAAGCAAAGGAAAGUGGUGGCUCAUUGGUGCUGCUUGGGGUGGAGAUCCCCUGGCUGAUCAGCCGCGCGAAGUUCCCCAGCAUGGUGGGGAACCGGACACAGAUGACGGCAUGAAUACAGAUAUUCGUCGAAGUAUUUUUGUGGUGCUCAUGAGCAGCGAUGAUUAUCUAGACGCUUGCGAACGACUUGCGCAACUUGGCCUCACAGAAGUGCAACAACGCGAGAUCAUCAGAGUAAACCUGCAUUGUUGUGGAAACGAAAAAUCAUAUAACCCAUAUUACACACUUGUCUGUCAGCAUCUGUCUCAGCGUUCGCAUUCGUAUAAGAUUACGUUGCAAUUCUGUCUAUGGGACUUUCUUCGGGACUUGGGCGAAAGUACCGUUGGUGGGGUAGAGGUAAUCAAGAGUUUGAAAGAUAACGAUGUAGGAUUUGACGUCAAAUCCAUGUCGCCUUCGCGAAUGAAAAACGUCGCCAAAGCAUACGCAUGGUGGAUAGCCAAAGAUUGCUGUGCGCUGACGAUCUUCAAGCCUGUGGACUUUACGAUGCUCAAGUCACAGACACGCACUUUCUUGAAAGAGUUAUUCAUACAGCUGUUUAUCGCUAGCCAGGUUUCAUCACCGAUGCUUAGCAACGACUCCGGUGACCAUCCUUCCAUGAGGAACCGUGGAUCACUCGAAGAGAUCUUCUUAAAGGCAUCCAGGAUCGAGAACCUGGGUCUUGGAUUGGCAUUCUUCAUGUCUAACACGUUCAAAGGAGAGGAUGGAUUUUUGACUUGGGCUAGCUCAGUGGCAAAAGAGACGUUGCAGACUGGGAUGGAUCAUAUCCCAAGAAUAUAG